AAUUUGAGAGAAGCAAUUAGAUGGACACCAUGGUUCUGACGAAUGGAUUGUGAAAAGUGUGUGGUGUGUGUUUGUUUGCAGCCAACUAAUUUGCUUCGUCACGUCGACUGAGGUGCAUGCUCGCAGCGAGAGGCGAAAGGGGAGAAAACCAUGCUGCGCCGCACGGUGCAGGCCGGCGCGGUGGCUGGCACCAUCGGCGUCACCUACCUUGCGCUGCAGAACAACCAGUGGCACGUGUCCAACAUCGGCGUUGUGAGGUUCGGCCGAGCGGCCAUCACCGUGUCCAGGAUAGCCUUUGACUACAAACUUGCCACCCUGGGAAUGGCCAAAGAUUCUGAAGAGUAUGCUCACGCGAGAUCUGCCGCGCACCUGCGGUCUGCUCGGCGGCUACUGCGGCUGUGCUGCGUGAACGGCGGGGCCUUCAUCAAGGUGGGCCAGCACGUGGGGGCCCUUGACUACCUGCUACCCGACGAGUAUGUCCGCACACUGAGCGUUUUGCACAGCGAGGCCCCUGCCUCGCCCCUCUCCAGCAUCCAGCAGGUGCUCAGGGAGGACCUCAAGGCAGAGCCUGAGGAAAUCUUUGCCAGCUUCUCGGAGCGGCCGAUUGGGGCGGCCUCCCUGGCCCAGGUGCACAGGGCGACCCUGCACUCUGGGGAGACGGUGGCGGUCAAGGUGCAGCACCCCAGCGUGCUGGGAAACUCGGUGGUCGACAUGGCAACCAUGGAGCUGCUGGUGAACAUAGUGGCCAAGCUCUUCCCCGAGUUCUCGCUCAUGUGGCUCGCCGAGGAGACCAAGCGCAACCUUCCGCUGGAGCUCAACUUUGUCAACGAGGCGCACAACCAGGAGCGUGUGCGUCGCAUGUUCUCGCACUUCGACUGGCUCGUGGUGCCGGGCAUUCACUGGGGCCUCACCACGAAGCGUGUGCUCACCAUGGACUUCUGCGAAGGGGGCCACGUGAACGACAAGAAGUACCUGACGGACAACGGCAUCUCGGCCACCGAGGUGUCCGACCGGCUUGGGCAGCUGUACAGCGAGAUGAUCUUUGUGCAAGGCUACGUGCACUGCGACCCGCACCCGGGCAACCUCCUGGUGCGCAACAGCCCCAAGGGAGCCAGCCUGGUGCUGCUCGACCACGGCCUCUACACCGAGCUGACGGACCAGUUCCGGCUGCAGUAUGCCAACCUGUGGCUGGCCCUGAUCCGCACGGACCUGGAGGCACUCCGGUACUGGAGCAGCCGCCUGGGCAUCUCAGGCGACCUGCACAAGAUCCUGUCCUGCAUCGUGUCCGGCAGGUCCUGGAACUCCAUCACUCAGGGCAUCGACCGCAAGAAGGCCACCAGGGCAGAGGGCCACGACAUCCGUGAGUUUGCGAGCCAGCACCUGUCGCUCAUCACACAGAUCCUGAACAUGGUGCCCCGGCAGAUGCUCUUCAUCUUCAAGACCAAUGACCUGCUCAGGGGCAUCGAGACCAGCCUCGGCACAAGAGGGGCAGCCCGUUCCUUCAUCACCAUGGCCCGCUGCUGCGUGCGUGCCGUGUAUACGGACCAGCUGCGGCACUGUUCCUCCUGGUGGUGCAGGGUGGUGGUGACUAUGCAGGCUUGCAUCGCCCAGUCGGCCAUCUCGGUGUACCAGACGUGCCGCUGGCUGAGGACAACCGCCCUCGCCUGCUUCUUCUUGGGAAACACAGAGGCCGUCUAGGGGAUGCCACGAUGUAGGCUGGGGACAUUCUGGUGGCACCCAGGGGAAUUUCGAAAGUGUCUCGGGAGGCUGUGGAACAAGCUAGGGAUAUUGUGGUGUCCCAUGGUGACAGGAGUUAGGGACAUUCUUCUGACAUCUAGGGGAGAUCUGGGAAGUGUCUUGGGAGGCCCUCUAGCAGUCCAAGGACAUUGUGGUAUCUUAUGGUGACGUGACUUAAGAACAUUCUUGUGGCAUCUAGGCAGAUUUUGGAAGUAUCUAAGGGAUCUCUGCAAUCAUUUUGGGAUAUACUGCGGUGUCCUAUGGGGACAUGGAUAAUAACAUUCUUUUGGCAUCUAGACAGGUCUUGAAAUUGUCUUGGCAGCUCUCUAGCAAUCCAGUCACAUUUGGUGUUUUAUGGUGACAUGGUUAGGUAAAAUUUUUGGGCAUCUACAGGGAUUCUAAAAGCAAGUUCGGAGGCUCUGGAACAACCUAGGGAUAUACCGGUGUCCUAUAGUGAUAUGCAUUAGGGAUAUCCUGGUCACAUCUAGGGAUGAAGUGGUAUCAAGCGAUGUGUUGAUGUCAGCUGCUAAAGUGUAGUUUAAUGUCCUCCAGUGAUACUGACUGCACAUUUUUUUUUGGUUAUGCCUUCUUGAAGUGAACUUUGAAGCAUGUCCUGGUGUCCGAUAUUUUGAGCCCGUUUCAAUGGUGGAGAAGAACCUCACUUGAGAUCUUUGUUUUGUGUUUGUCAUCCAUUUGUGUUGCAGUCUCAAGAUCAACAUAUGCUGAAGAAGCACUGAGCUUAUUGGCGUUAUUUAUCUUCUUAUAGUCCUGUGGUUUCUCGCAGUUUUGCCUUUUCAGAAGAGUGUAUGAGCAAAAAGGUUGUACAGUCAAACCCGGAUAUAUUGAAUUGAAAGGGGAUCUAAUAUAGUUCGAAAUCUCAAUAAUUUGAUAUACAAAUAUAUGGUAAAUUAAGCUCGAGUUGAAAUUUCCUGGCGUCUCUGCUAAUACCGAAGAUUGCAACAAACGGGAGCUUACCAAAUAGAGCAUAUAAAAGCCGCUAAAUGCGUUAGCGGAGACCGCAAACACCGCCGCCGUGCUUACCCGCGCGCCUGGUACAGCAUAAAUGACAAAACAGAAAAAAAAAAAAAUUAAAAAAGGAAAAGCGAGACAUAAAAAAAUUAUCUUCAUCCAUAAAAAAAAAGUUAAGCAAGCAACAACAAAAUUUAAAAAAAAAGAAAGGAAAAAAAAAACGGGCAAAGCAGUAACGACAAAAGAAAAAAAAUUCAGCCUUUCCACUGGUGAAGAAGGAGGAGCAGUGGAGCUGUAGCUUCUGCUCUCCGCGGUGGCUUUCCAGACGAGCGGUCUGCUCUUCUUUCACAAGGAAAUCUGAAGCGUCGGACGCAGUGGAACUUUAGGCGAUAGCGGCCUCGCGCCAAUUGCGAAACCCUUCGCGCUGCUGCGCACAUCGGCGCUCGUUCCGUUCCCGCUCUUCGAAGAAAUGUUGCCGCCAUCUUUGAGUGACGGCGGCAAGCAGACAACCGGCAAACAUAACACUCUGGACAUCUACCGCCAUCUUUGAGCGAUAACGGCAAGCAAAGUGUUGUGUCGGCCACGGAUGUCGACAUUUGUUUGGUACCGGACACGAUCCUAGGGAACCUAGCCCUUAACAGCUCCGCUGUAAAAAAGGUAAACAAAGAUAAGGCGUUCAAAGUGCAGUUGCACAACCGUAAAUUUCGGCACACUCGACUUGCUGAAGACUUUUGCUGUUUUAUUUUGGGGCUAGAGGGGCGCGCAGCAUCAGCAGUGUUCGGGGAAAGGGCGCAGGCUAUACUGUUCAAGAGCAAGCACUCCCUGCUCCCCUUAUGCGCGGCGCACGCCGCGUGCCUUUCCACAUGACUUAGCCAUCCUCCACUUUUUUUUUAUGCGGUUCAUUCUCUUUACUUUUACAACUGCUUUUUAGCUGCGUAUCUUCCCACGUGCAUGUUGGCUUGGCGGUCUGCCAGCCACGCAACGCUAGCGAUGUGCUCGCCACCAGCGCAAUCGGGUCGCGGGAAAAGCAACAAGGGCGGUCAGGCUUCGUUUGUUUUAUCGAGUGUCCCUGCCAUGGGAGUUGGAUACAAAAAGACAAGGCUCCUAUAGUAUUGCAUGUGAUUUUCAAGGGGAUGUUUGGACUGUUUGAUAUAAACAAUAAUUCGAAAUACCCGAGUGUGAUAUAUAACCGGGCUGGACUACACACUUUGAAUGGUUUGAAUGCUUGUGAAAUGCCUGGGUGAAAAAAAGCCUGUCUGCCUUUGUCGUGAAUGGUGCUUUGGGGAUUUUUCGGGUCGUCUGCUACUUGUCAGAAGGAAGCAGUGAGUAUCGUUAUCGUUUUGAUGAAAGUGCCUUUAUGCAUGGCAUACUAACACAAUGGUUUGCUUUUUAAAUAACAGUAAUAAUAAUAAUAUUAAUUAUUUUCUCAAGAGCAGUGGCCUGCAAAGGGGCAACAGCCCGUGCCACAAAGGUUUGUGGCGCCGCGUCUAGUGAUGAUUAUGUAAUGAUACUAUAAUUGUACCCCUUAUUGUUUCUACUUGCAUUUUUUCCCCCUUUGGAGUUAGUCUGACAUUCUGACAUUGUUUCCAAAUUACGCAGACAUGCCCACUGCAAUUUUUCUUUGUGUAGUUUCGUUCCUUAUCGCUUUCUCGGAGCUCUCCGUCUCGGUAGUUCUCUAUACAGCAGUUGUCGAUUUGUGAAAAAGGAACCACCAGCAAACUGGCAGCCAGCUAAGAGCAUUCACCGACCUCCUCCUUGAUGACCUCUUCCUACCAGCUGCUGCUACCUUUGCUCCCUGGAGAUUCUAUUGCUGACAUUUUCAACUUCCUACUCUGAUUAUGUUGUACUUACUAAGCCCUUUCGUUUUCUGUUUUGUUGGGGUAUCUCUUCGUUACGAUAUCGGUUAAGUGCAGUGAGAUGUUUAGUCGUGCAAUUGUCCUCGCUCAUAAGGUGCUGCAUGUAUGAUAAUUACUCGCAUAAGCUUUCCCUGUGAUGAGUUGCUGUGUGAUGCGACCGUUAUUAUUGCGGUAGUCAUCGAACUGAAUUGGUGGUAAGGACUAGUGUCGACUAAUUGUGAUAUUUGUACCCUCUUCUCAUGCAGUAAUAGGCUGGAAGCCAUAUUUAUGGUUUUCAUUGAUGAAUGUGGAGUGUCAUUUUUGUAUUAACAUAUGAAAUAAGUACAAAAUGUAAUAAUUCGAUUAG